AGAUGGCUAUAAAUCAGAAGAAAGUUUUCAACCGUCUCAAAAUUUUUCUUAUGUGCUUUGCUUUCAGCGCGUCUCUUUUCCAAGACGACCCCCCGAUAGAAGGUAUUACCUAUUUCCACAACACGCCACGUAAUGAUAUUAUUUUAUUGGCUUUCGCAACUCCACAACUCGCAAAAUACUCGUUUCCAUAUUUUAUCAAGUCUUUGUUGUUGUUGCUGUGUUUUUUGCUUAACUUACUCUGUUCCGCUAGCAACACGGGUACUCUAGGGUGAAAGACAAACACAAGACAAUAGAGCCUAAGAGAAAUAACAGCUAAGGGCCAAAUUUGAACUAACGCAUACUUGCAGUACCUGUUUGUCUAUAUUACCCACUACACGAUUGUUAGCAUGUGGGGUGCCAAGGAAGAAACGUGGCUUAAAUUUUCAAGAGUAAUUUUCCGUUGUCGUAAUGAAAAGUUCCUGAUCUAGGCUGUUUCUGGCUCUUGAAGCUAACAACCGGCUACAUGAAUUGUACAGGAUUUUUCAUUUUAAUUCAGUUUUAUUAGAACUCAGAGAAGCCAUGUUUGGUGGGGUUAUCGUUCGUAGUAGAAACGUUAUAGAAUUAGUCGCGCACCGGCAAAUUCGAUAGAAAGAUUGGCGUGGCACCUAUCAAAUAUUCCUGGCACGAUAUUAGCUCAAAUUGGGGACAAUGUAAUCCAGUAAUUACUACAACUUUUAUCCUUGGCAGAACCCGAGCCAACCUUUCUACAUGAUAACACCGAAUGGCCAAUAUUUGAGAGCAGAAUCAGCGCCUACCCACACGUGGAGGCCUUGAAGAUUCUUCUGAGGCAAUCAUCGAUGUCAAAGGAGCAACUGUGUUUCUCCGUGCCAUUUAAAUGUAGAAACAACUACACAUUUCUGGUAGAUACGUCAUCCUUGAAAGAUGAGAAAGAUUUGAUAUCUGCAGAUGGCAAUGGGAAGUGGCUGUGGGGUGGACGUACAUACUGCUACUUUGAAGUGCACUGUUUAGAAGGCGACAUAAAAGCUAAGUAUCUUCCAAAAAAGGUUCAUGCUAUUACAACGUACACCCUGAAACGCAAGUACUGGAGAGCAGAAACUAUUUCAGGCUCAUGGUUUCGUCGUGUAGUCACCAGGAUAGAGGACGAUUCCCUCGAGUUCCCAGUGGCAAUUUUGCAGUACUUCUUCGAAAACGGCGAAGAAGAGGAGCUAAAACUUGCGCCCCAUGGAAACAGAAAAGAUGAUAGCCAACCAUACUUGAGAACAGCAUCUUGCGCGAUGAAAGAUAUGUCAGAGAGAUCAAAGCUCCAGAAACCGAAGAAAGUAGAACACGACAUGUGGAAAGAACAAGGAGGUAUUGCUUGGAUAGAAAACACAAGUGAAGUUCCAAGCAAUAGACAGCAGAUCUAUGACGUUAAACGUCGCAAUGCUGCAGCCUCCCACUGUUCAAUAGAUGGCGUAACAUCUGGAAGUGAGGUGUAUGACAUCAUUGCCAUUUUCAACGAACAUCAGCGACGAAAAGACAAGGGUUUCAUCAGGGAUUACAAGUUGGCUCCAUUUGGUGUUGUUCUCGCUUCAGAGAAACAGCUGCAUGACAUUGUUCGAUUCUGCACGAAUCCUGACCAAAUUAGCAUAAUUGGAGUAGAUUCCACUUUCAAUAUUGGUAAGUUCGAUGUCACCCACACAACGUACAGGCAUCUUCUUCUAGAAACGAGGAAAGCGGACGAUACUGGAAACCGCACGUCACCUUAGUUCAUUGGUCCAGCACUGAUCCAUGCAAAGAAAGAUGAAUACACUUACCAAUAUUUUUUCUCAACCCUGGUAGCUUUGGAAGAGCAGCUGAAGAAUGUACUUUUCUUUGGCACAGACGGAGAACAGGCAAUCAU